AUGCUAUCUGCUUCAACCAACCUUAUAACCGGUUAUAUCGGGCGACAUAUCUUUGAAAUUCCUGACCAAUUUCCGAUAUUCCAGAAUAGGAAUUCUCUCUCUCUCUCUCUCUCUCUCUCUCUCUCUCUCUCUAUAAACUACCAAGCUGCGAUCCUGCACGACAGUCUACCCAAGGACGAACUGACUACACCAGCGCUGUCCGCGUCGAUCCUCUCUUUCCUCAAGCGCCGACGCGCUCUUUACACAAUGGUGACCCCGAUAUUUACGAUCGAGCAAGAUGGCAACAGACGAGUGCGAACAGAACACUCCCAUAAAUGUAGCAACCUCUCUCCGUACAACGAACAGAACACCAAGAACUGCUUUCUGCAAUUGGAAGCCAUUUUCUCAGUUCGGAGAAUAACGUCAGAGCAAUCAAAAUUCGCCAACGUCGUACAAGCUUUGCCACCUUCAGUGGUCGACGAAGUAGCCGACAUUUUAGAACAUGUACCCGAGCAGGAGCCAUAUACUCGCCUCAAGGAUGCGAUUUUAAAACGAACCGGCCGUUCGGACGAGGAACUGCUCCGGGAACUUUUUACCCACGUCACCAGGGGCGACAGAACACCCUCACAGCUCCUACGCUUCAUGAGUAGCCGACUGGGAAAACAUUCAAUGCCCGAAUCGAUCUUGCGCGAACUGCGGAUGGACAAGUUACCCACUACAAUAACGCAGAUAUUGGCACCAAUCGCUGACAAUACUCCACUAGACCAGUUAGCAAACUCCGCUGACCGCAUCGCAACUAAACUGGACCAAGGAGUGUGUGCCGUGCAGCGCCCAGACGACCCACCAGCCAAAGACACAGAUCUGGAAAAGGCAGUAUCUACCCUGCAACAUCAGCUGCAGGAUAUACGAAUGAUCCUUUCCCGCAAAUCGAGAAGCCAGAUGCCGGCAACCGGUGGUUGGCGACGGAGAGCACGGAGUACCAGCAGGAAUCGACGAGUCGACCCGGAAUUAUGCUGGUACCAUCACAGAUUCGGCACCAGGGCAAGGAAUUGCUCGGCACCCUGCAAAUACAGCUCCAAAACUAAGUCGUAA